GCAAACUUUGUAAGGAUUAAAACCAUCCUUACAAUAGUAAUCAAUAGCCAUGGCCACCAACAAAUGUAUCCUUCACAUUCUCACUAUCAUUACCAUAUUCUUACCUUCUUCCAAAUCCAUCCCCCACUUAGAUUUCCCAGCAGCUUUCAACUUGGGUGAUUCAAAUUCUGAUACUGGUACCCUUAUUGCUGCUGGUAUUGAAAGCCUUUACCCACCAUAUGGACAAACUUACUUUCAUGUACCAUCAGGGAGAUACUCCGAUGGCCGUCUCAUCGUCGAUUUCCUUAUGGAUGCAUUGGAUUUGCCUUUCCUAAAUGCAUAUUUGGAUUCAUUGGGUUUGCCAAAUUUUAGAAAAGGUUGCAACUUUGCAGCAGCAGGUUCAACUAUUCUUCCAGCCACUGCAUCAUCCAUCUCCCCCUUCUCCUUUGGGAUUCAAGUGUCUCAGUUCCUCCGGUUUAAAGCUCGCGCUCUUGAAUUGCUUGCAAAAGGUAGGAAAUUUGAUAAGUAUGUCCCAAGUGAAGAUAUUUUUGAGAAGGGUUUAUACAUGUUUGACAUUGGUCAAAAUGAUCUAGCUGGUGCAUUUUAUUCAAAAACAUUGGACCAAAUACUUGCAUCAAUUCCAACAAUUCUUUUAGAAUUUGAAACUGGAAUUAAGAGACUAUAUGAUGAUGGGGCUAGAUAUUUCUGGAUACACAAUACAGGUCCUCUUGGAUGCUUACCUCAGAAUGUUGCCAAAUUUGGAACUGAUCCAUCAAAACUUGAUGAAUUUGGAUGUGUUAGUUCACACAACCAAGCUGCUAAAACAUUUAAUCUACAACUUCAUGCUUUGUGUAGUAAAUUGCAGGGUCAAUAUCCAGAUUCAAAUGUCACAUAUGUUGAUAUCUUCACCAUAAAAUCAAACCUCAUUGCAAACUAUUCAAGAUAUGGGUUUGAACAACCAAUUAUGGCAUGUUGUGGAUCUGGGGGUCCACCAUUGAACUAUGACAGUAGAGUUUCUUGUGGACAAACAAAGAUUUUGAAUGGAACCACAAUAUCAGCAAAAGCUUGUAAUGAUAGUUCUGAGUAUAUAAACUGGGAUGGAAUUCAUUACACUGAGACUGCAAAUCAAUAUGUUGCAUCACAGAUUCUCACUGGAAAAUACUCUGACCCUCCUUUCUCAGACAAAAUGCCCUUUCUUCUCAAGCUCAAGUUCUAAAUCAUUUAUUUAUUGUUUUAAUUUACUAAUUGAUUUUAUUCUUUAUGUGCUUGAAUUGUAUAGUGAAAGCAAUAGCAGAUUGUAUCUUUGAAUUAAGCUAAAGCUCUUAGUUAAUUUCUAAUUGCUAAGAUCUACAUUUAAAGAUUUGUCAAAUUAACAUGUCUGUGUGAUAAUGUUAUA